AUGGUUGACCCAUGGAUGCUCUGCGUGAAUGACAUGGACCACCCAUGGAUGGUUUGGGCGACGCCUGUUGAGCAGGUCACUCAACGGCGGCGCGACCGUCUUCUGGCUGCUUUUACGGAAUGGCUGACAGGGGAAGGCUUUUGCUUUACCGACCUCCUGGACCUGAGCCCCCAGACGACCAAACAGCUCAACAACCUUAUUGUUCGGUAUGGCAGACAGCUUUUUGAAGCGGGCUGGCCUUAUUCUCACUACAGUGAGGUUAUCAAUGCUAUAGCGGGCUAUGAGCCUGGGCUUCGUCGCCUUUUGCAGCCUGCUUGGGAUUUGGCUUUUGCCUGGCUACGUGAAGAACCCCACUCCCACCAUGUUGCUAUGCCAUGGCAGGUGCUGGUUGCUUCUCUGUCUGUCGCUUUGAUGUGGGGAUGGCCUCGAGUCGCUGGUGUCUUGGCACUGGCUUGGGGCGCCAUUCUCAAAAUUGGCGAGGUCUUUGCAGCUUGCCGGGCUGACCUCCUGCUUCCCGGUGACGUUUUCGACACGGAUGGUUUCUGUCUUUUGUCGAUUAAUGAGCCAAAGACAAGGUAUAAAGCUGCAAGGCACCAAUCUGCAAAGCUGGACCACCCGGAUCUCCUGGCGGUCGUCCGGCUUGCUUUUGGGCACCUCGAUCCAGGCUGCCGCCUCUGGCCUUACUCGGCAUCAACCUUUCGGAGCCGUUUUGAUGCCAUCGUGAACAGGCUGGGGGUCAAUUCCUGGACAGGCCAAGCCGGCCGGAAGCUGGACUUGGGCUCGCUGCGAGCCGGUGGCGCCACCUGGCUCCUUCAUACGACUGAAGACUCGGAGCUGGUAAGACGGAGAGGCCGUUGGCUGAACAGCAGGACGAUGGAGAUUUAUAUCCAGGAGAUUUCUUCAUUGCAGUUCCUGCACCUUCUGCAGCCGGCUGCCCGUGCCAAGGUCUUCACGCUUUUGGACAACUUUUCUUUUAUUUUGCUCGUGGCCGAGCAACUCCAGGCUUCUGCGACGCCGACCAGUGUCUGGUUCUAUCGUUUUGCCAGUGGCUAA